AUGCAUUUUAUCAAAAAAGUACCGACUACAGAAGAACAACGUACAAUUCAAGAAAAAGAAAAAACACUUAAAGCAGCUGCUUAUAAAAAGUUGUGUGAUGAUAUCAAUAUUAAAUUAAAAAAUGAUAUGUAUGAUGAAGAAUUAAUGGAUUUAUCAGCUAAAGUAUUGGAGAAAAAUCCUGAUGUUUAUACUUUAUGGAAUGCAAGAAAAAAGUAUUUGGAGAAAAAGAUUAGUGAAAAUAACAGUGAUAUUGUUAAUGAUGAGUUAUUAAAUGGUGAAUUAAACCUUGCAUUAACUAGUUUAACUAACAAUCCAAAAUCAUACUCAGCAUGGUUUCAUCGAUUUUGGGCGUUUAAAAAAUUAGCAAAACCCAAUGUUAAUAAUGAGUUGGAAAUGUGCUCUGUAGCACUUCAACUAGACUGCAGAAAUUUUCACUGUUGGGAUCAUAGACGCUCUGUUGCGGAGUUUGCUAAGUUAACACCUACUGAAGAAUUACAAUUUGUUGAUAAUUUAAUUGAUAAAAAUAUAAGUAAUUAUUCAGCUUGGCAUUAUAGGGCUACUUUACUCGAACGUAUACAUUGUGAUUUCUCAGAAAAUAUAAAAAAAGUAAACAUAUCUGAAGAAGUUUUAUUAAAAGAGUUUGAUUUAGUUUCCAAUGCAUAUUAUACAGAUUCAGAAGAUCAAGCUUGUUGGUUUUAUGUUAAAUGGUUAAUUGAUGCUUCAUUAAAAAAUAUGACUUCAAAAAUUAGUGAACAAAUAAAUACCGUACUUCAACACAUAAAAGAGUUAUCUGAAUUAGAGCCAAAUAAUAUAUACUUAUUAUCAACAAAUGUAUACAUUCUUGAAAGAAUUUCAAAGAACAAAAAUGAAAUUGUUUCAUUUUAUAAGAAAUUAUCUGAUAUAGAUAAAUUACGAAGAAGAAUGUAUCUUGAAAAAAUGGAAAAAUAUUUAAAAUAA